AUGGGAUACCGGAAGAAGACCAUACUGCUGCCUUCAUUAAUUUUCUUUAAAAUGUCCCUUUUACGCCAACCAUUAAAUGUAAUGUAUUUAUUUACUCUUCUCUCAGCACUUCUUUACGUACAAAUGGUAACAAAAGCUUCAAGUGAUGUAGUCGACGUUGCUGACAACGAACGAUUACAGUUUUUGUCUCAUAAUCACAAUGAAUACUCAAAUGACAACAGUGAAAAUUUGGACGACAAGUGUCACCAUCCGGAUCAUUUCUUCGUUUCGGGCGACAAAUAUCACCAUCGGGAUCCUUUCUUCGCUUUGGUCGUCGUCUGCACAAUCAAGGAUCGUUUCUUCGUUUUGGUCGCCAAUUAG